GUCCGCUCACGAAAAAAAAAAAAAGCCCUAGCUACCUCCCCGUCGGUGCUACCCCGCGCGCGCCCGGCCCGGCCCCACGGUACCUCCAGGAGUGGAAGGAAAAUGACGGGCAGGGCCCGAGCCCGUGGGAGAGCCCGCGGCCAGGUGCUUCACACGACCUCCCUAGCAGCAGCUGUCGGUCCACCAGGUUUCCAAAGUCAGCAGCUUGGACAACCUAGACUGCAGCUGCAACCACAGCCACCCCCACCAGCAGAAGGAGAAUAUGUUGGCCGUGGGCAUCAAAAAGGGAUCCCAUCUGUACCAAAGCCACCAAGUGAAGCAGGAAAACUUCAGAUAUCAGCUGGCUUUCAGGAGCUGUCAUUAGGAGAGAGGGGUGGACGGCGUCGAGAUUUCCAUGACCUUGGAGUAAAUACUCGCCAAGCCAUAGAACAUGUUAAAGAAUCAAAAACAGGUACUUCAGGUGCUAUCAUAAAAUUAAGUACAAACCACUUCCGGUUGACCUCUCGUCCACAGUGGGCUUUAUAUCAGUACCAUAUUAACUACAAUCCUCAGAUGGAAGCACGACGUCUCCGCUCAGCUUUACUGUUUCAGCAUGAAGAACUAAUUGGAAGAACACGUGUGUUUGAUGGAACAACGUUAUUCUUACCAAAAAAAUUAGAAAACAAGGUUACUGAGGUGUUUAGUCAGACCAGGAAUGGAGAGACCGUGAAGAUUACUAUCACUUUAACCAGUGAGCUGCCACCUACUUCACCUACCUGCCUACAGUUUUACAACAUUAUUUUCAGGAGGCUUUUGAAGAUGAUGAACUUGCAGCAAAUUGGACGUAAUUAUUACAACCCAAAUGACCCAAUCAGCAUCCCUAAUCACAGGGUAAUCAUCUGGCCGGGUUUCACUACUUCUAUUCUUCAGUAUGAGACGAGCAUCAUGUUAUGUACAGAUGUGAGCCAUAAGGUUCUCCGGAGUGAAACUGUGUUGGAUUUCAUGUACAAUCUGUAUGGUCAGGUUGAAGAACAAAGAUUUAGAGAUAUCUGUGCUAAAGAACUCAUAGGUCUAAUUGUUCUUACAAAAUACAACAACAAAACUUACAGAGUUGAUGACAUUGACUGGGAUGCCAAUCCAAGAUGCACCUUUAAGAAAGCAGAUGGAUCUGAAAUCAGCUAUGUAGACUACUACAGAAUGCAAUAUAACCAAGAAAUCACUGACUUGAACCAGCCAGUUUUGGUCAGUCAGACAAAGAGGAAGAGGGGGCCAGGAGGUGUAAUGCCAGGGCCUGCAGUACUUAUUCCUGAGCUGUGCUACCUUACAGGGUUAACUGAUAAGAUGCGUAGUGAUUUUAAUGUGAUGAAAGACUUGUCUCUUCAUACAAGACUGACGCCGGAGAGAAGAGAGCGUGAAGUUGGAAGACUUAUUGACUACAUUCAACAGGAUGACAGCGUUCAGAAGGAACUUCGUGACUGGGGUUUAAGCUUUGAUUCCCGUUUACUAUCUUUUACUGGAAGAAUAAUUCAAGCUGAAAAGAUCCAUCAAUCAGGGAGAGUGUUUGAAUACAACCCUCAAUUUGCAGACUGGUCAAAAGAAACUAGAGGAGCCCCCUUAAUAAGUGUAAAGCCACUGGACAACUGGUUACUAGUGUAUACACGGCGCAACUAUGAUGCAGCCAAUGCACUUGUUCAGAAUCUUUUCAAAGUCACUCCAUCCAUGGGCAUACAAAUGAACAAAGCAAUCAUGAUUGAAGUAGAAGAUAGAACAGAAGCUUAUUUGAGGGCUUUGAAACAAAAAGUUACUUCUGACACGCAGAUAGUAGUUUGCCUUUUGUCCAGUAAUCGCAAAGAUAAGUAUGAUGCUAUCAAGAAGUACUUGUGCACGGAUUGUCCCACUCCAAGUCAAUGUGUGAUAGCUCGCACAUUAAGCAAGCCACAGACUAUAAUGGCCAUAGCAACAAAAAUUGCAUUACAAAUGAACUGCAAGAUGGGUGGAGAGCUUUGGAGUGUUGAAAUUCCACUGAAACAACUCAUGAUUGUGGGGAUUGACUGUUACCAUGAUAAUACAGCUGGGCGGAGGUCAGUUGCAGGAUUUGUUGCUAGCCUGAAUCAGGGAAUGACACGGUGGUUUUCACGCUGUAUCUUACAAGAUCGUGGGCAAGAACUUGUGGAUGAGCUCAAGGUCUGUUUACAAGCUGCUUUAAGAGCCUGGUUCAACUGCAAUCAACAUAUGCCUUCUCGCAUUAUUGUGUAUCGUGAUGGGGUAGGAGAUGGUCAGCUAAAAACCUUGUUCAGUUAUGAAGUUCCUCAGCUUUUGGAUUGCUUGAAAUCUGUUGGUAAAGACUACAAUCCAAGACUUACAGUGAUAGUCGUGAAGAAGCGAGUGAAUGCCAGAUUCUUUGCCCACGCUGGUGGAAAACUUCAGAAUCCACCCCCUGGUACAGUUAUUGAUGUGGAGGUCACCAGGCCAGAAUGGUAUGAUUUCUUCAUUGUGAGCCAGGCUGUGAGAAGUGGUAGCGUGUCACCAACUCACUACAAUGUAAUUUAUGAUAGUAGUGCAUUGAAACCAGAUCAUAUGCAACGUUUAACUUACAAGUUGUGCCACAUGUAUUAUAACUGGCCAGGUGUUAUCAGAGUACCUGCUCCCUGCCAGUAUGCCCAUAAACUGGCUUUCCUCGUAGGUCAGAGCAUUCACCGAGAACCCAAUCUGUCACUGUCAGACCGUUUGUACUACCUGUGAACUACAUGUACUAAGUACAGUAGUAACAAUGCAGUUGCAACUUCCCCUGGUACCAGUUUCUUUUUAGGAAAGCUAUAAUUUUUCUACGAUUUUGUUGAGAACAUGGGAGGCAUGUGUGGGGUAAAUACAUACUACUUUGUAUAAGGGGAGAGCUUUAUUUUCAUUAUAAAGUAACUGAUAACUUAAGGCAAUUUUGUCCAGUAAGUUUAAACUGCCUAUAUAGCUCUACAAAGCAGAAAUGAGUCUCUUGCUGCCCGCUGAAAAGCAUUUUAAGGUGUAGAGCAAAACAAACCUCUCCAGUUUCUACACUAAACAAGUUCCUAAAACUAGACAUAAGGGACACUUUUACAUGUGCCCUGGGGCUGGAUGAGGGGGGAGGCAGGGCAGUGCUUCAAUUAGAGCAGCUCAGAGAGCUGCUCUAAUUAAAGCACUGCUGUCUUCUGCAUCACCAUCCCAACACUUAAAAAUGGUGGUGGGGGCACUUGAACCAAAGCUUG